AUGGCUCCCAGCGACGCUUUUGGAAGAAACCUGUGGUUUUUGGAAAGCUGGCUCGAUGCCCUACCCGUGGAAAGCCGGCAGCGACCCGGCCUCGCCUCCCAGCGGUGCGGAGCACAGGCUCUGCUACCGAGGGGCUCUCACCGGGACGACGCCUGCGUUAACCACAGCAGCACGGGAGCCCGGCCGCUGGCCGAGCGGGCGCGGGACCGCGGGGCUCCCCCAUCGCAAGGAAAACGGCCUCAAAAAGGAGCCGAGUACCAGCUGCGCCUCUCCCUUUUCGAUGCCACCUACCACCACUUCUUCGGGAGGACGUGGAGGAGCAGCCGGCGAGCUGCCCGCGCCGACCCGCCGCACCCGGCCAGGGCGACCGUUUACUUCCACACCUCCUUGAACCACCCCGGCAUCGCUGCCGUUGUGGAAGUGGUGGCGAUGGCCGGCAAAGCGGACGGGGGCUCUCAGCAUCUCUCCUGCGGCUUCGGACUCAUCCCCCUCUUCGGCAGCGGGUUGGAGGCGGCAGACCCAGCCGCCGAGGACAGAGCGCUGAAGCUGUACCAUGGGACGCCACGCGCCUUACUGCACCCGCGCUUCCAGGACCCCGUGGAAAAGAACAAAUACCUGAUGGUGAUGGAGAAGAGCCACCUGCAGUACACGCUGAAGCCCCACCAGCCCCUGGAGACGAUAUUUCACCUCCUUCCUGAAAACCUUCUGGUAUCUGGGCUGCAGACCAUUCCCGGCUUGCUGCCAGCAUGCGGAGACACCAGUGACUGCUUGCAGAAACCCCGGCUGAUGAAGCCGGUCACCUGCUAUCUGGAGAGGCUGUCCGUCCAGCUGUACCCUUCCCUGGAGGAAUUCGAGGAAGAACUGCUGGACUUACUGAACAGCGAUCGCUUACUUAAGGCUAACGCUGCGCCGGAUGGCAAUGGGGUGGUGGUUCGGGAGCGGCGGCUGCACGUCGGCGUCCACAACGGCCUGCGCUUCAUCCAGGUGCCGCAGGUGGCUGUGCUGGUGCCGGAGGCAGAGGCGGCACGGGGCGGCUGCCCGGGGGUGCUGGGCUCCGGAGCCAGGGGUGCAGGUCAAGCCCUGGUCCUGAGGAGCCGCAUCCACCUGAGUGAAAUGGUCCCCCACCCGGCAUUUGGGGUCUGCUUCCAGCUGGAGUACGUCUUCUGCGCCUCGGAGAGAGCCGACGGGAAGGCCCUGCCCGGCAGCGCCAGCGGCGAGGCGGCUGACAUGCGCUCGGUGCGCUGGGCCGUCUGGAGCCCCGUCCUGGACGCCGGUGAGGCAGAUGUGGUUCUGCCCCUGCGUGGCGGCGCCCGCCGUGGCCCCUGCCAAACCCUGGUCUACCGGACCCCGCCGAGCAGCAGGAUAUUUAAUUUCCAAUUUCAGGGGAAGCAUGUGGAGUCUGGGACUGUCCAAUUCCAUGUUUCCACUGAUUUGGAAGAACAUCUUGUAACUGCUGCAGAGAUCCUACGUAAAGACAGGGACGAGUCAGAGAAGCCUCCUACGCCAUCGCUGAGUCCGCUGGCCCCGCUGCGAAUGGAGGCCUCCCCGCGGGGACCGGGGCUGUCGGUGUCCCAGUUGUCGGCCCUGCCGCGGGGCAGGGGCCAGCCGCCGGCGCGGUGCCGCCGUGGCUCUCGGCAGGAGGGGGGGAUCACUCACCUGGAGGCUGACCUCGGCUCACCAGACCCGGACCCCAGCGCUGGCGACCAGCUGCGGGCACUGCCCUUCACCCCGCUGCAGGUGCCCAUCGCUGCUGUGGGGCUGCAGGCAGGCAGUUCCCGCACGCUGCUCUCCCGUGCCUCCCUGGCGCGCCUGCACACCGCCGGCUUCCCGGAGAUCCUGGACUGCAACCAGGAGCCGGUGGAAAUCUCGGAGGUGGCAGACCCGGCGAGUUUCAGCCUGCAGCUGGAAGAAGCCGACCCUCUGCAAGGCAACGAAAUAAUCCUGCAGUUCCUGGCUUUUAGCAGGGAUGCCCGGGACAGCGCAGAGGGUACGUGGCCGAGGACGGUCUUCCUCACCUUCCAGUUCUACCGUUUCCCGCCGGUCACCACGCCGCGGCUGCAGCUGGUCAGCACGGAUGGGGGGCCGGUGGCCGGGCCGGCUGUGCCGGCGCAGCUCCUUGUCCGGGUGAACAAGGACGGGACCUUUGGCACUGGACCGCCGGGCUUGCAGCUGAAGUACAUGGUGGAUCCCGCUUUCCUGCAGCCUGGGGAGCAGCGCUGGUUUGUGCGGUACCUGGCCGAGCACAGCCUCCAGCUUGACGUCUGGGAUGGAGAUUCCCUGCUCCUUGUUGGGUCCGCUGCUGUUAAACUGGAGCCCCUGCUGCGCCAGGGCCGGGCGGCCGUCAGGACCCACCACGAGCUGGAGGUGGCCACGACCGAGUACGAGCCGGACGUGACGGUGAUGGGCCGGGAAGCGCUGCGGCACGGCGCCCUGCGGCCCCUCGGCAUCCGUGUGGCGGUGAGGGGCCGCCUCCACCUCUGCCUGGCCAACGUUGGCCACCCGUGCGAGGAGACCCCGGGGCAGGCACCAUCUCCGCUGCCGUCCCGCUCCCGCAUCGUCCCUGCGCCGGACAGCGCUGUGCUGGUGGUGGGAGGAGGCCCCAGCUCUCGGUAAGGAGCAGUGCCGUGGGCUGGGGAUGCUGCGGUGGCUCCGGGCUUAUGGUUCCCUCCCUCCCGGCAGGGCUGGCAGGAGCAGCGCGCCCGGCAUGCGCGGGACCUGCAGCUCAUCGACGCCUACCGGGAGCACAUCAAGGGUGAGAGCAUCUCCCGGGUGCUCAGCCAGGCCAUCACUGCCACCCACACCGUGCACGCCGUGCUGGGGACGGCUGAGUUCUUUGAGUUCGCCCUGAAGAACCCCUAUGGCGUCCAGCACACAGUGACCAUUGAGGUCGACCACCCCGAGCUCAGUGUUAUACUGGACCCGAGGGAGUGGCGGCACUUCAAGGAGCUGACCAAGAGCGUUACACCGGUGGAGGAGGAGAUGUUCCACCUCCGUGAUGACCUCAGGCCUCAGGUCUACCUGCGCCCCAACGAGACCGUCCGCAUCCCCUUCAAAUACCAGACCUUCUCCGCAGACCCCGCGGUCGUUGCGGCACAGGGGCCUGCAGGGCUGGGCGCUGGUGCCGACGCGGCUGCCUGCUCCCUGGGGAAGAGUGGGGCCAGGCGGACGAAGCACAUCCAGGUCUCCUUCCAGGUGAGCGGGGGGAAGCCCAUCGCGCUCCUGCGGGUGAAGGUGGAGCCGCAACCCCACGUGGUGGACCAGACCUUCCGCUUCUACCACCCGGAGCUCACCUUCCUGAAGAAGACCAUCCGGCUGCCCCCCUGGCACACCCUCCCCGGCGCACCCGUGGGGAUGCCGGGGGGAGAGCCAGAGAUGUUUGUUCGCUGCAGCGACCCUGACAUCAUUUGCGAAACCAAAAAUAUGGGGCCUGGGGAGCCACAGGAUGUCUUCUUAAAAGUAGCCGGAGGACCAAGCCCACAGAUCAAAAAGUUCUUCGUUGCUAUUUAUACGGACGCCUGGCUGGCGGCACCCGUCCAGAUCUGGCAGUUCUACCUGCACUCGCUGCAGCGCCUGGACGUCAGCUGCGUGGCCGGGCAGCCCCCCCGCCUCUCCCUGCUGCUGCGGGGCACCCCGGCCCCGCGGAGGGUGCGGGCGUUCACCUCCCACCCCCAGGAGCUGGAGGUGGAUCCGGACGGUGCCUUCCUUCUCCCUGCCAACGGCAUCCAGGACCUGUACAUCGGCGUGAGGCCUCGGCGGGCUGGCAGCAGGUUCAUCUACCUCAACCUGGUGGAUGUGGAGUCCCACCAGCUGGUGUCCUCCUGGCUGCUCUGCCUCUCCUGCAGACAGCCCCUCGUCUCCAAGGCGUUCGAGAUCUCGCUCCCCGCGGGAGGCGGAAGAGGCUGCAACAAGCGCAUCACCUACACCAACCCCUACCCCUCGCCCAGGCUCUACUUCUUGUGCACCAACCGGCCCGACCUCCUGCAGUUCAAGGAGGACUCCUUCCAGGUUGCCGGCGGGGAGAUGUACACCAUCGGCCUGCGCUUCGCCCCGAGCCAGGGCACGGGUGAGGAGGAGAUCCUGAUUCACAUCAACGACCACGAGGACAAGAAUGAGGAAACCUUCUGUGUGAAGGUCCUCUACCAGUGA